AUGAACCGGCAGCUAGUGAACAUUUUGACAGCCUUGUUUGCAUUUUUCUUAGGGACAAACCACUUCAGGGAAGCUUUCUGCAAAGACCAUGACUCCAGGUCUGGAAAACAUCCCUCGCAGACCCUAUCUCCUUCAGAUUUCUUGGAUAAAUUAAUGGGAAGAACAUCAGGAUAUGAUGCAAGAAUCAGGCCAAAUUUUAAAGGUCCUCCAGUAAACGUUACUUGCAAUAUUUUUAUCAACAGUUUUGGAUCGGUCACAGAAACCACCAUGGACUACAGAGUGAACAUUUUUCUGAGACAGCAGUGGAAUGAUUCACGGCUGGCAUAUAGUGAAUACCCAGAUGACUCCCUGGAUUUGGAUCCCUCGAUGUUGGAUUCGAUUUGGAAACCAGAUUUGUUCUUUGCCAAUGAGAAAGGUGCCAAUUUCCAUGAUGUCACCACUGACAACAAGUUGCUGCGGAUUUCCAAAAAUGGCAAAGUGCUCUACAGUAUUAGACUCACGUUGACUUUAUCCUGCCCAAUGGACCUGAAGAACUUUCCAAUGGAUGUCCAGACCUGUACAAUGCAGCUGGAGAGUUUUGGGUACACCAUGAAUGACCUGAUAUUUGAGUGGUUAAGUGAUGGUCCAGUACAAGUUGCUGAAGGACUCACCCUGCCCCAGUUUAUUUUGAAAGAAGAGAAGGAGCUUGGCUAUUGCACAAAGCAUUACAACACUGGCAAGUUUACCUGCAUUGAGGUCAAGUUUCACCUGGAACGCCAGAUGGGCUAUUAUUUAAUCCAGAUGUACAUCCCCAGUCUGUUGAUCGUCAUUUUGUCCUGGGUCUCCUUUUGGAUAAACAUGGAUGCAGCCCCUGCCAGGGUUGCCCUUGGCAUCACAACAGUCCUGACAAUGACUACCCAGAGUUCAGGCUCCAGGGCAUCUCUGCCCAAGGUCUCCUAUGUGAAAGCGAUUGACAUCUGGAUGGCAGUGUGUCUUCUGUUUGUGUUUGCUGCCUUACUGGAAUAUGCAGCAGUGAACUUUGUCUCCAGGCAACAUAAGGAGUUCCUUCGUCUCCGGAGACGACAGAAGAGGCAGAAUAAGGAAGAAGAUGUUACUCGUGAAAGUCGUUUUAACUUCAGUGGCUAUGGGAUGGGUCACUGCCUCCAAGUGAAAGAUGGCACAGCUGUCAAAGCUACGCCUGCCAACCCACUUCCACAACCCCCAAAAGAUGCAGAUGCUAUCAAGAAGAAGUUUGUGGAUCGGGCAAAAAGAAUUGACACCAUAUCUCGAGCUGCCUUCCCACUGGCCUUCCUCAUUUUCAACAUCUUUUACUGGAUCACAUACAAGAUCAUUCGGCAUGAAGAUGUCCACAAGAAAUAG